GGGGGCGAUGUCGCGCCGGGCCCUGAGGCGGCUGCGGGGGGAGCAGCGGGGCCAGGAGGGGCCGGGACUGGGCGAGCUGGGCCUCGACCCCGGCCCGGAGCGCGCCCGUGAGGGGGGGCCUCCACCAGCCUCCGGGAAGGGGCCCCGCGGGCCACGUCGCGCUGGCGUCAGCAACCGCUUCGAGCUGAUCCCAGCUGAGGAGUCAGAGGAUGAGCUGGUAGCUGGAGAGGAGCGACCGGACACGCGGCUCAGCGAGCAGGACACGGCAGGAGGGAACCAGGAGGGGAGCAAGGACAGGAGCAAGGAAAGGGCUGUGACCGAGGAGACAGAUGGUGAUGGACAGAGAGAGGGGCAGGAGGCCGAGCAGCCGGACCAAACGCUGGCAACGAGUAACAAGCCACGGAAGAAAAAAAAGAAAAGGAAAACCAAGAAAAAUUCAUCAGGAGAGACUGUGGAAGACAAUGACCUGGAAGACAUCGACAGCCUUUUGGAGAGGAUCGAGGACCCCAGGCUGGCACCGCAGAGCCAGGGUGGCAUCACCACUGACAGCCGACCUCUGCUCUAUGUGGAGCACAGAAACUUGAAUCCAGAGAAUGAGUUGAAGAGAUACUUUGGGGCUCGUGCUGUGCUUGGGGACCAGAGGCCAAGGCAAAGGCAGCGGCAGUAUGUGCGCAGCAUGUGGCUGACAGCUCCCAAGAACACCUGGCCACGCUACAGCAAGACAGGUAUCACCAUGCAGCUGCUGGACACCCGGAGGGGGGUGCAGCACUUCACCUUCGAGCACCACCGUGAGUACCAGCAGGUCCAGUUCAAGUUCCUGGAUGCUGUGGAGUCCAUGGACCCCAACAACAUAGUGCUGCUGCUCCAGAUGAGCCCCUACCACGUGGACUCCCUCCUGCAGCUCAGUGAUGUGUGCCGGAUGCAGGAGGACCAGGAGAUGGCCCGGGAUCUCAUAGAGCGGGCACUGUACAGCCUGGAAUGCGCCUUCCACCCUGUGUUCAGCCUCACCAGUGGGACCUGCAGGCUGGACUACCGGAGGCCAGAGAACAGUCAGCUGACCGAAGCCAUCUCUCCCAAACUGCUGUACCUGGAGGGUGCUCACAUUUCAGUCCCUCUGGCUGACAAGUUCGGUGCCAUCAGUGACCUGUAUCACCAGUUCAGGGCUUUCUUCCUGGCUCUCUUCAAGCACCUGAUGUUCCUGGAGAAGAGGGGAUGUCCCCGCACAGCCCUGGAGUUCUGCAAGCUCAUCCUGAGCCUUGAUCCUGAGAAUGACCCUCUCUGUGUGCUGCUGCUGAUUGACUUCCUGUCCCUCCGGGCCAGGGAAUACACCUUCCUGACCCGCCUCUUCCAGGAGUGGGAGAGUCACCGGAAUCUGUCCCAGCUGCCCAAUUUUGCCUUCUCAGUGCCACUGGCCUAUUUCUUCCUGAGCCAGCAGGAAGAGCGCCCGGAGCUGGAGCGGAGCCAGGCCAGGGAGCGAGCGGCCCGGCUCAUCCAGCUCGCACUCAUCAUGUUCCCAAGUGUUCUGAUGCCCCUGUUGGAUCACUGCAGUGUGCAGCCUGAUGCCAGGGUUGCCUCCCAUCCCUUCUUUGGGCUGAAUGCCCAGAUCAGCCAGUCACCUGCCCUGAACCAGCUGACAUCCCUGUACGUGGGCAGGACACAUGCCCUGUGGAAGGACCCAGCUGUCAUGGCCUGGCUGGAGCCCCAUGUCCACGAGGUUCUGCGCAUGGUGGAGGCCCAGGACGUGCUGGUGCAGGAGGCUGAGCACAAGAGGAAGAUCCGGUACCAGAGCGCUCCCAGGAACAUCUACCGGCACAUCAUCCUCUCAGAGAUGAAGGAGGCAACAGCAGCCCUGCCUCUGGAGGUGACUUCACAGCCAGUGAUGGGGUUUGACCCCCUCCCUCCUCUGGAUUCCAUUGUUUCCUACACCCGACCAGAAAGGACAAGCCUUCCCUCCAAUGAAAGCACUUUAUCCCUUUUCUUCCGCUCGCUGUUGCCAAAUUUUAACUUGCAGGGGGACAUCCGGCAUGACGGGGACGACGAGGCCGGGGCAGCACAGGACCUCAACCAGGGGGUGAACAGGCUGAUGGCGGCCAUGCGGGACAUGCUGGCCAACAUCCAGUUCCAGGAGCCCCCCCGUGAUGACAAUCCUGAGGGUGAUGGUGACUGGGAUUGAGCCUGGGGUCUCAAUCCGAUCUUUGGGUCUCCCCAAACCCUCUGGCAUCCUCCCUCCCCUCCCCCCCCGUUUUGUGUUGCACUCCAAUAAAGUCACACAAAUGGA